AGAACUUAGAAGAAGAAAAGAGUAAAACUAGGAGUGAGGGAAAAAUGGAGUUGACGGAAAAACAAUCUGAAAGAUCACUCUGAAACCAAACAUGUUCGCGCUGAAUUUAAAGAAAAUAAAAAACGUUGCAAUUCCUCUUUAUCGACAUGAACAAACACGCUCAAAGUCAUUAUUUAACAGGGGCUUACAUUUUUUGUUCAAAAAAAACCUACUUCUCACUAACAGUAUUACGUCUGGUGGUUUUAUGGCAAUAGGAGACUUGUUUCAACAAGAAUUUGAAUUUCAAUCAAAACUAUUAAAAGAAAGAUAUGAUUGGGCAAGAGCCGUUCGGAUGUUCAUUGUGGGUACAGUAUUAGGACCCAUGCAUCAUUAUUACUACAUCUAUUUAGACAAAGUUUUACCGAAGAAUGAUGUAAAGACAAUAUUUAAAAAAAUACUCUACGAUGAAACUAUAGUGUCACCAUUGACAAUUGUUUGUUUUUUCUACAUAAUGGGGACAUUAGAAAAGAAGUCACUGGAGAAAUGCAAUGAAGAAAUAACAAAGAAAUUUAAAUAUGUGUAUUUGGCUGACUGCCUUUUCUGGCCUCCAGUUCAAUAUAUUAACUUUUAUUACUUACCAACACAAUACCGAGUUGUGUAUGUAAAUCUUGCAACAAUGGUAUUUAAUGUAUUUAUGUCAUACAUGAAACAUUAUGAUCAACAUUUGGAAUGAGAAAAACUUUCUUAGUAUUAUGGUAAACGGGUAAUUAUGUGAUUUUUCAUUGUAAUAUUUAU